GGGGGGCGGGAUUGGGGAUCCCGGAGGACGGCAGCAGGGCUGAGGUUUGCGCUGGAGGACGGUGUCUCGGUCCGUGAGAGCACCAAAGUCUUCUCUCUCCCAGAAUCCCCCUUUCCGAGGGUCGCCCUCCCAGAGGCAAGAACUCGGGCCCUGAUCUCUUUGUUCCUGGGGCUCAGCGUCACAUUUUAAUGGCCAUUUCUGGUUUUGUGUAAAUCCUGAGGUCUGAGGGGUUCCUUCCUGGGGUGGUAUGGAAAGGCUUCUGAGAAGAUGGAGAAGCUUUUCCGGCCCUCUGUUGUCCCGCUGCCCACCGUCGCAGCCUCCCCUUUGCAGGGCUUACCAUCACCCCCCAGGCAGAGUGAAACGCCUGGCCCUCUCCCGGUUUUUCCAGCCUCAGAACCUCAGGGAAGAUCAGGUGGUCGGGCUGGAGAGCAGGGUUUCUGAGCUGACCUGCAAGAGCCACAGGCUGAUGCUGCAGACUGGGCUGAUUCACCCCGCUGGCCCUGGCUGUUACCACUACCUGCCCUUCACCGUUCGAGCCAUGGAGAAGCUGAUCCGGAUGAUAGACCAGGAGAUGCAGGCCAUCGGCGGGCAGAAGCUCGACAUGCCCAGCCUGUGCUCGGCCAAGCUCUGGAGAGCCACUGGCCGGUGGCAGCUCAUGGGCAAGGAGCUCUUUCAGCUGCAGGAUCGACAUAACAAGGAAUACUGCUUGGGCCCAACGCACGAGGAAGCCAUCACCAGCCUGAUGGCCUCUCAGAAGACCCUGUCCUACAGGCAGCUCCCCCACCUCCUCUAUCAGGUCACACGCAAGUUCCGAGACGAGCCCCGGCCCCGCUUCGGCCUCCUGCGGGGCCGGGAGUUUUACAUGAAGGACAUGUACACCUUCGACUGCUCCGCUGAAGCCGCCCACCAGACCUACGACCUGGUGUGCGACGCUUACGGCAGGCUCUUUGACCGGCUCGGGCUUCGCUUUGUCAGGGUGCAGGCAGCCGUGGGGAGCAUCGGGGGGACGAUGUCUCACGAGUUUCACCUGCCCUUGAAUAUUGGGGAAGAUACGCUUACAGCCUGUUCCAAUUGCGGUUUCACAGCCAAUGUGGAGACGCUGGACCCGAAGCAGCCAAAUUGCCCAGUGUGCCAGGGGAAGUUGGCAGAGACCAAAGGUGUUGAAGUGGGGCACACCUUUUACCUGGGCACUAAAUACUCCUCUGUAUUCAACACCGAGUUUAUUAAUGCUCAAGGAAAGCCCUCGCUGGUGGAAAUGGGGUGCUACGGGUUAGGUGUGACACGGAUCCUGGCCGCGGCCAUCGAAGUCCUUUCCACAGAAGAGUGCAUCCGCUGGCCCAGGCUGCUAGCCCCUUACCAGGUGUGCCUCAUUCCUCCAAAAAAGGGCAGCAAGGAAGAGAUGGCGAUAGAGCCGAUGGAAACGCUCUAUGACAACAUUGCCGAAGCCUUGCCCCAGCUUCAGGGGGAGAUCUUACUCGAUGACAGGACGCAUUUAACCAUUGGGAACAGAUUGAAAGAUGCCAAGAAACUCGGCUAUCCCUUUGUGGUGAUAGCGGGCAAGAGAGCCUUGGAGCAGCCCUGCCACUUUGAGGUCUGGUGUCAGAACACCGAGGAGGUGGUGUUCCUCCCUAAACAGGGGCUGCUGGAUUUGCUGCGCAAAGUACAGGUGGUCUAAAUAUCCCGUCUCUGAUCCUUGUAGGUCCCACGUUCCAUCCAUUUAUCAUUAAGUGCUAGAAGCAGUGCAACUGGUAGAAGAUGGAUGUUAAUUAAAAGAGCAAAAUUUCUCUGUGACCCUGGGCAAGUCACUUAACCCUAAUUGCCUCAACAAAAAAACAAAAAAAAAAACACAAGAUUUCAUCAUUCAUUUAGUUAACAUUACUCAGUCACAUAAAAAGAAAGAAAUUUGAUUUCUUUUUCCACUGACUGUCUACUGAUCUGCUCUACUUGAAAUCAACAGAAACUUAUGGGUUGUGAGGAGAAUGAUGUUCAUGGCAGGCAAUUUGUAGUCUUAAAGGCCUGGUCUUCUUACUCAAAACCAACUGGAAGGUUGAGAUGAUUAGAUGGGAGCCCAAAUGAGAAACUUCCCCCAGAAAUCUUAGCCCUAAUUAGGCUGAACUAAAAAUCUGAGCUCAUUUUCUCUUGAUUCAUGAGGCCAAGUUGAUGGAUUAUGAGCCUUAAAUAUAAGAAUGUUCACUUUUAGCCUACAUAAUGUUUAGCCAUGUUAAUAGGCCAGGCUGAAUAAUAGCUCAGGAAGAUCUGGAGCCAGGAUCAGAGAGCCAAAGUCUUCUGACUCCGUACCCAGUUCUGCCAUCGGCUCUUAUUACUACUGUGAAACCUCAAAUCUUGUUCUCUUGGUAAUGGCGACUCUCUGCCCACCUCGGAGUGCAGUGACCACAAAUGAGAUGCUGUCUGCAAAAUGAUUUCAUUCCCUUAAAGGAGUCAGAAGGAACACAUACACUGUGUUCCCAAACCGUCAUUGUCCUGGACUUGCUGACUCUGUUUCUUGCCAUCGAUGGAUGGCAUGGGCGUGUUGGCAAAACACCAGGUACAGGCUGUAUUAUUCCUUCCUUGUUCCUGAGGGACCUCUGAAAGGAGAGGCAGAGUGAAUAUUUAGCAGAAUUAACAAAGAGACAGAAAUUGGCUAGCAUUAUCACAUUAUGGAUGGACUCAUUCUGCAUUUUAGUGGGAAUGAAACUUGUGUUGCUGUGAUGCUUUCAGGCUUACAAAGCACUGAACUCACAACAACCCUGGGAAAUGUAGGUUGUGUAAGGAUUCAUGUUCUUAUGUAGAGAUGAAGAAACUGAGGUCCAGAGAGGACAGUCUCCUAAUGAGUUAUGUCAGAAUUGGGACUGGAAUCCAAAUCUCCUGACCCUGACCAGGACUACUUUUUAUUUUGUGUGUUUUUGACCAUUUAAGGGCUGACCUUUUUCCUCCCCCCUUGGAGUCCCUUCUCCUGUCCUUUGUUUGCAUCUUGGGUACUUGAAAUGAUCAGUGAAGGACACCUAAAGGUUUAUUAUCUCUGAGGCAGGUAGAGGGUUUUGGAAAGAAAAUGAGAUAAUUUCCUGUUCUCUUAUAAAGGGCCAUUGACCUUUAUGGUUUACAGCACAAACUGAUGACUACGAGAAGCUCGAAGGUGCAUGCUACAAAUGAGGAGGUCCUUCAAACACCAUUAUAGGACACCUGGAUGAAGGGCACCAUUUUUAAGGCUUAACCACUGAGCAACCAGAGCUUCAUGCAAUCCCAUAUAGCAGACCAAGUUCAGACCUGAGGCAGCUUAAUUGAGGAAAAAGGCAACCCAAAAAAAAUCCUGUUUGCUCUCUCCUGCUUCCUUUUCUAUUUCUACAAAUAUGUAUAAGUUAUGUGUGGCAGUCAGCUUCAUGGUUGAGGAAAAAUAUCAUGGAAAAGUGAAUAUUGCUGGUAACUAAAAUGUACUCUUAAUAGUUUUAUUACUAUGUGUGGGAAUAUAGGAUUAUUUUUCCUAAUUGAUUUUGUUUGGUUAAGUUUUUUGAUUAAAAAAAUGAUAAUUUUAAUGUAAGAGAUAUUCCAAGAUACCAUCAAAGAAUAGGAAAUUGUGAAGUAUAAUUGUUGGAGAGACCUUCCUUGUGUGGAGCCAAUUGGUAUUAGAGGUUUUAGACUUUAGAAAUUAUUUAUAGGGGCAGCUAGGUAGCGCAGUGGAUAGAGCACCAGCCUCUAAAUCAGGAGCA